AUGGGCGGCGCCUACGAGUACGAGGAGAUCGGCCGGUCCAAGCGGCUCGAGCGGCGGCGCGCCGCCGUCGGGCUCGGCGCCUUCUUCGUCGUCGUCGGGACGCUGGGCUGGAACCGCAAGAGUCUCGGCGCCGGCGCGCCGGCGAGCGCCCGCGGCGCGUCGCGGCGGCAGGCGCCGAGCGCGUCGCCGCGCGAGGUCGGGUCCGCCAAGCCCUGGCAGGCCGACGCCGCCGCGUUCCCGUCGAACCUGCGCCUGAGCGUCUCGUACUACGGGGAACCGCCGUCGCUGCCGCUCUACGGCAUCGCGGCGCUCGCGGAGCCCUUCGCCGCGAACGCGCUCGCCUGGGACGGCGCCCGGGCCGGCGUCGCCUGGCGCGUCGCGGCGGGCAACGCCACGGUCGCCGGCGCGGGCGACGGCGCCUGGGUCGCGACGUGCUUCCGCGGCGGCGACCGCUUCGGCCUCGAGGCGGCGUACGAGGGAGCGUCGGCGACCUUCGCCGUGGCCUGCCGCUACGUGCGCCGCGAGCUCCGCGCGCUGACGGCGCCGGACCGGGCCCAGUGGCUCGCGGCCCUCGCGGCCCUCGGCGCCGCGGCCGACGGGGACGCGUGGCGCGCGGCGGACCCGGCCGCGCGGCGGCGCGCGGCGACGCUCGGCGAGCUCGCGGCGAAGCACAGCCACGGGCCCGGCUGCUCGCCCUUCCACGGCGGCGUCUCCUUCUUCACGGCCCACGCGGCCUUCACGCUCCAGCUCGACGCGAGCCUCCGCGCCGUCGACGCCGAGCUCCGCGCGCCGACGCCCUACUGGGACUUCACCAUCGACGGCGCGGCCUUCGGCGCGCGGCCCUACGGCUGGAACGCGUCGUCGGCGGACGCGGAGGCGGGCCUCGGCGGCGCCUACUUCCGGGACACGGUCCGCGAGCGCGACUGCGGCGACCCCGUCACGAACGGCGCGUGCUACGCGACGGACCCGCGCGACGCCGACGCCACGCCCCGCGUGAAGCGGAGCGCGGACCUCUGCGGCGUCGACGCGGCGCGCGAGCUGCCGCUGCCCGCGUGCGGCGAGCUCGCGCCCUGCGUCGCUCUGGCGCUCAACGGCACGUCGCUCGGCGACCUCCACGCGUGCGCGGAGUUCGUGCUCCACGGCGCGGCGCCCGGCGCCCGUCUAAAACGCCGGCGCGCGACGACGACCGCAGGGAACCUGCACACGAUCCUCGGCGGCGCCUGGGCCUGCGGCGGGGACCUCGGCGCGGCGCUCCGCGAGCGGCCCGCGUUCGUCCCCGCCUGGGCCGCGCGCGUGCUCCCGGGCUGGCAGCGCAUGGACCGCGCGGGCUUCCUCGAGCCGGCCGGACCGAACGCCACGGCGCUCGCGUGCCCGGCCUACGACGGCGCGGCCGCGACCGCGCGCGACGUCCUCGCGCGCGCGGGCUACCUCGGCGCGGUCCGCGACCCGUCCACGGGCGCCUGCGCCGUCGCCAGCGACUUUGUCGACGCGUCGGCGCUCGUCGCGGCCGAGGGCGCCGACGGCCGCUGCGCGGCGCGGCUCGCGCCGGCGCUCGCGACGGACGCCGCCGCGGACGACGCCUUCUUCGCGCUCGCGGGCGACGCGAACGGCGCCGUCGGCGCGCUCGCGACGGGCGCGGCGCCCAACGACCCGCUCUUCUGGCCCCUCCACCCGGCCUUCGACCGGAUCCUCGCCCUCGCGCGCCUCGGCGGCGCGCGCCUCGACGAGGCCUGGCCCGACGGCACCUGCGCGGGCCGCGCGCCGCGCCGGAAACAGCCGGCGAGCCGGACCAGAACUUUUGAACCUCUCCGCCACGCGCGCGGCGACGCGAUGCCGUUCACGCGCCGCGAUCUCGGCGACGCCGGCGGCGGCGGCGCGCUCCUCACGAACGGCGACCUCUACGACCUCGUCGACCCCCGGCGGGACGACCUGUCCUACGUCUACGACGCCUUCGCCUGGGACCACUGCGCGGCGGCCAUCUCCGCCGCGCUCGCGGGCGACGCGCCGGACGCGGCCUACUCCCUCGCCGACCUCUCGUCGGGGUGCGGCGAGAGGUCGAGGAUCUCGCAGAUCUCCGCCUCGGACGGCGGCGGCGCCCACGCGCGGUCGAAGGACCGGAUGCGGAGCGGCGACGGCCGCGCGGCCCGCGGCGGCUCGACGGCGACGACGGGCUCCGCGCGCGGCGCGGGCUCGGCCGCCGGCGCCGGCGCCGGCGCCGGCGCGCCCUUCUUCUUGAAGCGCAGGAAGCGCCGCUCCGCCGUCUGGAGCGUGGCCUCGCGCGCCUGCCGCGCGAUGAUGACCGCCGCGAGGUACUGCUCGUAG